CACCAGCUGAUAUUUUCAUUUUCUCAUUUCCAUUUAUUCCAUUCCUAACCUUUAUUUACAAUCAGAUUGUUGGCCGACUUCAAUCGUUGCUUUGAUACUAAGAAUAUAAUAUUGAUUAGCUAUGAAUAUGAUACGAACAGUGUUUCUCAACGGUGUUUCAAGGCAGGUGAGAUUUAUGUCAUCCCAACUUGGAGAUAUUGGAAGUGGUGCAGGCAAAGGGGGCGGUGGUGGUGGAAGUAUCAGGGAAGCUGGUGGAGCCUUUGGAAAAAGUGAAGCUGCUAAGGAGGAGGAAUACUUCUACAAGAAGCAAAGAGAACAACUGAAGACACUGAAGGCUAACCUACAAGAUGAAAUUAGUUUCCAUGAAGAACAAAUAAAGAGACAUCAAGAAGCUAUAGCCCGCUAUAAGAAGAAAAUGGAUGAGGUCAACCCUUAGACGCUUUGUUCUCAUUUCCAUAUAUAGUGUUCUGUUGUUCUAUUCUGAAUAAUGUUUCAGAUGGUAUUUUUGAGUUGAGUAAACUGGUAUCAGUUCUGCUUAUUAAAGUUUGAUUUUCCUCAG